AUGGAUCUCUUGGUUGAACAAGAAUACAUAAGUCUUAUCAUUGACAAUGCCUUGAGUGCAGAAUUGAGUAAGUUAUCACUUGACCAAAAAAGUGAAGAGAAAGCACGAUCUGUAUUAUUGGAAACAAACGAUCCAGAUUUAGCAGUAGAAGAUAAAAAUAAGCCAACAAUGGUCAAUGGAGAGACUAAAGUGACAAUUCAACUCAUGUCUUCAACAACAGCUCACAAUAUGAAUACUUCUAGAGUAAAGGACAUGGAGGCCAUGAAAGGAAUCACCUCUAUUGCACAGACCAAGAAUGAAGCCAAUAGCGUAAUAAAGUCCAUUGAAACAACCAGAACAAUGCAAAUCAAUAAAGACACAAAAACUACCAAAAACCUUAAAAACACCACAGUUUCUAGUAGUGAAGUUGACAAAAUCCAGGAUAACAAGGUCAUCUCUGAAAAGAAAAAACUCCCAGUAUUUUCCAUGCUCUGCUCCAAAGCUAAUGUAGAUAUUCCACAGCAUAAUACUAAUUCAG